GUUAAAGUGGGUUGAAACCAUUUUUACCCAAUCCAUAUUUACCCAUAUUUAUAUGGGCGGAUUGCAAUCCAAACCGUUACUGCUCGAUCCAUAUUUAACCAGUCCAAAUUCAAUCCAAUUCGCCCGUUUGCCACCCCUAAGGACAUGUCAUGCCCACUGCUUGCUGCCCAAGCCUCUAACGGGAGCACAACACGUCAUCAUAUAACUCACGUGGACAAGUUUAGAGCAACAAAUACUAUACUCCAAAAUACAUCUUUUAGCGGAGCUUCGCUAUUAAAUGAUACUAAUAACAGUAACAAAAUCAUACAAACUGCUACGCUGGAUUUAGGAUAUGACCUCACAAAAUAUCCGCAACACACCACUUCCAAUAUCCCAGGAUUAACAGAAACCAAAAUAAACACAGUCUCUUCUUCUAACUUUUCUUAUAACACUAUUAAAUGAACAAUAAAUAACCAACAUGCCAAGACGUCCAAGGAGAACACUCCACAUACGUAAUACCCGCAGAGCACUCCGCACAAAGCAAAUAAUAAAUCCUCUCAACCUAAAUACAAACCAAAUCUACCUCUCUCCGGUCCACUUUUACCCAGUAUCGGGUCUACUGGAGGGCUCUGUACCAAUAUACUCCACGCCGGUCGCACCCUUGAACCCAAACACUGCUUCUUGGGUGGAGAUGGCUCUUCAGGGCCAGGCUCUUGUAAUGAUGGAAGAAAGGGAGGCCAUGUUUGUCAUCAUCACUCCGGAGCUCUUAGCUCACCUAGUUUCGAAGGGGAUGAGGAGGGUCAGGGAGCUGUAAAACAGCCAUGCAUGGAUGUCGACGGUUCUCUAACCUCCUAACUUUAACGCCUCAAUAAUUCCCUUCUUCCAUAUACUAACAUGGAAAACUCCAACGAUGCUUGUACCACAAAUUCUGCAGCCGCAGAUGUUCCAACCACCUGUCUCUCCACUAUAUUUCCUGAUUUACCACAACUUCAUGGACAUAGACCCACUUUACUACCAUUGGCAGAUGUAAGAAAUGCUAGGGACGAUGAUGAGAGAAGUACCAUUCCAGAAUCAUCCAAGCCCAGUUGGACCGCUGGAGAAUCCACCAGUCCCACAAACAAAUAAUGUAGCCUCACCUUCCCAGGUACAAACCAAUACUUGGGAAGCCUUAGAGAUAAUGAGAGAAAUAAGAAUCAAAAUAAAUGUAUUAAAAAAAUAAAAGUAAUGGUGUUCAACGACAAGUACGGCAAUAAAUUCAUUCUCACCUGUCCCCAAAAUCUAAUAAAGACCUCUCGGGACAUCCACCGCCCAUUCAACCCUCAGGUGGGGAACUAUGUAUUGGUCAUGAACCCAACGAUAAUGAACCAAACUUCCCCCCUGACAAACUCCUCAAUGGAUGCCCGAAUGAUCAACCCACCACAAAGAAACAAAUCAAUGAACCUAAAUUAUAUGGAACUGUAAGGAGGCCAAUGGUCAGGAUUUUAGAAGAAAUUUUAGGUCCUUAGUGGAUUGGAACAAGCCUCUCUUGUUGCACUGCUGGAAACUAAGAUGCAAGACAACCAAAUUUUACUCAAUGAUUUUCCUUUUAAUAGGAUCAUUGAGGUGCCAGCGGUUGGAAAUGCAGGUGGUCUGGCUGUCAUGUGGGACGACUCCCUCAUGGAACUGGAUGAAAUUGCCACCACAGACCAAUAAAUUCAAGCAAUUGUCAAGGAAUCUUCUUCAGAUGCUGGGGAACACGCUGGUGUACCAUGAAGGACGGACCUCUAAUAGAGCUGCGGACAGACUUGCUAAGGAGGGUACAAGGAUGAACAACAAUCAGCUUUUUGAAGAAUGGACAGUUACUCCCUUGUUUAUUUAUCGAACUAUAGAUAUAGACAAGGAAGAAACUUAUUUUGAUGGAUCGCUACAAACCGUACUAAUGAAUGCUCGUAAUAUAACUAGUACUGCUUGUAAUAUAGCUACUAACUAUAACAACUCUGUACCGCAGUCGAUGACCGUAGCCAUGUAUGAUGCAUAUUAGUAUUAAAUAAAAUUUCUUC